CCGCCGCAGCCCGCGCCGUCUCGCCUCCUCCUAGCGCCGCCUUGUCUCCGCCCGCCGCAGCCGCCCAACCCGCCGACGUCCUCCCAGCACACACAGUUGCAGCUCAGCUUUCAUGAUUUUUCAGAUUUAUCAACUAAACAGGUUUGUGUUUUCUGUUUUUUUCCUGUUGUGGUUGUACAUCUGUUUACACAACACCACUACAACCACAACAGCAACAAAAUGAUACUAAACGGGCCCUAAG